UUUUUCUCAUAAAACCGGAAUGCACCGAUUCCUCAUUAAACCAGUUCUUAUCCAAAGAUAAAUCGAAAUAUUGAAAGCGAUUUUAAAGUAUCGAUUUCUGUUAAAAUUUGAAUCAACAGUGAUGGAAACGACCUCUAAACGAGAACACGCGGUAGCAUCUCAUACCCUUUUUGCCUUGAGACAAAAAUAAUAACAACAUCAAACGCUCAGAGUCAGUCAUAAAAGAUUUUUCCUUGUGUUCAGUAUGUUCUCGAGUGUGAAAUGCGAAUCAAAAGCACGAAUGGACGGCAAAACUGUCAUCAUAACUGGAGGCAGUGCCGGUGUUGGAUUUGAAGCUGCUAAAGAUUUAGCUGACAAAGGCGCUAGAGUUAUCAUCGCUAGUCGCAACGAAACAAAACUAAGAAAGGCUCGUGAAGAAAUCAUCAAGGCAACAGGAAACACUAACGUUGCGUACAAACAACUAGACCUGAGCUCUUUGAAAUCAGUGCGAAAUUUCGCUAACCAGAUCAAUACGGAAGGAAGAGUAGAUGUUUUGAUCAACAAUGCUGGCGCGAUCGCACUACCAGACGCAGUGACAACAGAUAGUCUAAACCUCACCAUGCAGAUAAACUUUUACGGCGCUUUCUUACUCACGUUCCUAUUGUUGCCAAGACUUAAAGCGUCAUCUCCGAGUCGUAUUAUCAACGGGUCUGCGGCUGCAAUGUACUUAGGAGAAAUAGACUUCGAUCACUGGAAUGACGUUGGUCGGUAUUCAAUCGUGACGUCAUUGGCUAACUCAAAAUUAGCGAUGGUCUUGUUCAAUGCCGAAUUGUCCAGGAGACUAGAAGGCAGUGGCGUCACUGCUAACACAUACGAUCCCUUCGUAGUCAAAGACACAGAUAUAUUGACAAACCUACCUGGAUUCAUAAAGGAGAUAUCUAGAUUUUUCGUGAAUAUAAUCGGACAAGAAAAAGAAGAUGCUGGUAGGCAGAUAUCAUAUUUGGCCUCCGCUCCGGAAAUGGUGAAUAUUAGUAAUCAACAUUACAAGUUUUGUGAAAAAUUCUUGAGGCAUUGGUCGGUAAGUGAUACUGGACUUACUAGAAGAGUUUGGGAAGAAUCGAAGAGGCUCGUAAAAAUCAGUGCAGAAGAAGACUGGGAGAGUUAGGCUGAUGACGACCAUACUAAAAACUUAGUUAUACUGUUAUAAUUGCAAGUUGCAAAAAGACUGAACCGAUUUUGAUGUUCAGAGUGUUCUGUGUUUUAUACUAAUCUUGUCUUCAAUGAUUUAUUUUAUUCAGUAGUGCUGUAGUGUAGUCUCUGGGAUGCGAAAUAUCCCCAAACUUUUGUCAAAAACCCACAGCCAAUCUCUACGCAUUCAAUAUGUUAUUUCAUCUAUAAGAGAUGGAUCGAUCAAGUGUUUACCACAAGUGUUACAUGAAAAUUAAUAACGAGUUUCGCUCUACCCCUGUGUGCUUAGUGCGAGUUUUUUUUUAUUUUUUAUUGCUUAGAUGAGUGGACGGACUCACAGCCCACCUGGUGUUAAGUGGUUACUGGAGCCCAUAGACAUCUACAAUGUAAAUGCGCCACCCACCUUGAGAUAUAAGUUCUAAGGCCUCAUGUUUUAGUUACAACGGCUACCCCACCCUUCAAACCGAAACGCAUUACUGCUUCACGGCAGAAAUAGGCAGGGCGGUGGUACCCACCCGCGCGGACUCACAAGAGGUCCUACCACCAGUAAUUACGCAAAUUAAAAUUUUGCGGGUUUGAUUUUAAUUACACGAUGUUAUUCCUUCACCGUGGAAGUCAAUCGUGAACAUUUGUUGAGUACGUAUUUCAUUAGAAAAAUUGGUACACGCCUGAGAUUCGAACACCGGUGCAUCGCUCAGCACGAAUGCAUCGGACGUCUUAUCCGUUAGGCCACGACGACUUCAAACGUUCUCGAUAGCGUAAAAGUUAACCCAAUUUUGUAUGCAGUUGCAACAAUGCCCCUAACGGCAAACGGUCCUAUAAAAAAACUCGCACUAAGCACACUGCUCGCUGUAAUGACGACAGAUCGUUAAAUAAAAUCUCAUGCAUACUUCUUUCACUCAUUUACUACACCCUUACACACUUACAAUAAGUUAAUUUUUUUUUCAUAAACUAGAAAUUCUAUAGAAAUCUUAUAAACAUGGCAAAACAACGUUUGCCGGCUCAGCUAGUAGGUAAUACUAUAAAAUACACAAAAGUACCUACCUGUUCAUACAUGCGAAAACUCAAAAACAUUUACCUACUGCCUGUUUUCAGUUUUUUACAAAUAAACAUUAUUGUGAUUAAACACACGGAUAUAUCCUUUCGAUGCAAUUGAAAAUAAAAUUGAAUCAGAUCUAUUUUUAGAUAAGUAAUUUUAAUUUAAAAAAAAACUUGAAACGCCUGAACAUAUUUUGUGUUUACGCACAAUAUUUUAUUUUAUUUCAACUCAAAUAAAUGUUUUAGUAUUAAAUUGA